AUGUCUGCCAGGAAGUUGCAGGACCUCGAGGAGCGCCUCAACCUGGCUGAAGCCAAGGCAGCUGAGGCAGAAAGAAAGGCGGAAGAAGCCAAGAAGGAACUUGAAGCCAUGAAGACCGUGCAGUCCGUACAGGAUGAGAAGGGAGAGAAUGUUGUCAAACAGUUGCAAGAGAUCUCUGGUAAGAUCAAUGAGAAGAUGACCUCCACUCCCAAAGGCACAGGUAGUGCCUUCAAUUUCAACAAGCCCUCCAAACCCAACAUGGGAACAGUGGAGGAGGCCAAUGGCCAGUGGAUUAUCAGGAUGGGAGGUGUCCCCAAGCAUGAUUGGUCUGCAUUGGAGAGCGAAACGGUCAAUGUCCAUGCCGGUCAGUACCGCCACUUGGACAAGACCAAGGGCAUGAAGCGUGAAGCCGCCAUUGGUAGUCUGGACCCAGGAUGGAGCAUCAAGGACUCCUUCCAAGUGCUGCAGCUCUUUGUCAUCAACAAGUCUCGUGACUAUGGUUUGGAACAGCACUGCUUUAUGAAUCACCCUCACAAGGUAGAUACCAUGGUGAAUGUUGUUCUGAAUCCCCACAUGUUCUCUGGUGAUAUUGGGUUUGUCAAAAAGACAGCCGAUUCCCUUUACCAGCACUAUGAUGACUUUGAUAAGGAGAAUGAGCAUACCUUCAAGAAUAUGAUUCUCAAAUCUCUACACCCUGACCUCAAGGCCAAGGUGAAUGGAUUGGAGGACCAGAAUGAUCGUGCUCUUGUGACUUGGAUCAAGGUUGUCCGUCAAUGGAAAAUCAUUACCAGUGAACAAGCUACCAAACUCAAGCAUGAAUUGGAGGGAUGCCUCAUUCAGAAGUUUGAUCGCAUGGACGUUGCUGCCGCUCUUGAGUUCAUCAAGCCCAGAGCCGAAGCAUUGUAUGACACACGUGAUUGGGAUCCUCUUUUUAUCAUUCCCUUUCUCAGAUCCUUGUUCAAUGCAUACCCCAACGACUCUGAGUUUCAUCUUGGAUGGUGGACAGAAAUUCAAACUAACAUCAUCAAGCCCUUGGAAGAUGCUCAUCGCCAAUUGAAGAUGGAGUUGGGACAGAAUGGAUGCCGCAUCGAAGAUGAAAUCAAGGCAGCUCCUGAGAAAUACCCAGGUCUAGAUAGGAAGUCCAUUCGGGAUAAGGUUUUGGAACUGUAUGAGAACGAAGUGAACAAGUUUCGUUGGCCUGCAAAGUCCUCGCCUCGCGACAGUGGCAAGAGUCCAUCGGGCUUUGGUUCUACAUCUGCUCAUUUCACUCCAAACGAUGCCCCACUCACCCGUUCCGAUGUUAUGGCCUUGGUUCAGAAUCUUAGCAGCAUUGGCUCCAAGCAGUCCAAGGGUAAGCCCAAGGGCAACCCAAAGGGCAACUCUUCUGGUGAUCGUAGCUGUUGGACCUGUGGAUCCAAAGACCAUCUUGCCAACAAAUGUCCCAAGAAGGAUUCCUCCACGGCAAGGAUCUCCUCCAAGAAGCAGCGAGGACGGCUUAAGGCCAACUGGAAGAAUGUUCCCCCCAAUCAAGGAGAGUCUCAUGAAAAGAAAGAUAGUGGUGGAGCCACUUGGUACUGGUGUGUCCCACUCUGGUUUGCUCCCCAUACAUUCUGGGGAAGGAUUAUUGAUCUUGCGGAUAGUUUUUUGGUGCCUCUACUCCUUGGAUUUGCAUUGUCUCGUGCUUUGUUCUCCAUUGCGUUGCAGCGCCCCAUCAGCAUUCCUGAAGCUCUCAAUGCAAGUCAGUCUUUUGUGCAGCAACUUGCCCAUCAAGGGCAGACUAUGUUGACCAAGGGAUGGACCAUGUUCUGUGAUCUUCACGUUGGUGCCUUGCCUGAUCCGGAGGGCUUCCAUGGUCCCUUCAUGGAAACCAACAUGGAUACCUUCAAAUGCAGCAUCAAUAUCAACCACCCUGUUCCCGAACCUGGUUUGGACUUCACCAUUCUUCACACUUGGCUACUUGUGGGAUGUUUCAUUACUCUGCUGUGCUUCUCUUGGCUCUACUCUCCCGAUCAGCCCAGCACUGAUCCAAUUGAUGCACCUCCCCCUGAACCUCAGUCCCGCUGGAUGCGCCGUCGCCAUGCCCAAGCCUACCGCCGUUGGAAGUGUCGUGAGAAUCGAUCCAAGGGAGCAAGUAUCCGUGAUUAUGGUUGCAAUCGGAAAUACCCCCUCCAUCUUCGAUCAUCCGGAACUUACUACAAGGAAGCACCCCCCCUCUCCACUCAACGCAUUCUCGGUGGUUUGCGCCGUUGGUUUCACAAGUCUCAGCAUCGUCCCUCUGGUCAUCGUCGUCGUCAAGCGUUUGUUCCUGCCCCUGUGCGUCCCAGGAAGGGAGAGAGUUGGCAUCAGAAGAAACCAGGAGAUCACCUGCGACAGCCCAAGCACAGACCCACACAACCCAUCAGAAUGCCGCCCCUUGUUGAGUUCUGUGGAAACAUGUAUGCAGUAAGGCCAAAUUCUCGUCUCAGGCGUGCUAACAACGAACCUUUUGCAGCACCACAGCAACCAAGACAAUCCGGACAGAAGCCUCGACAACCAAGGAACUCGAGAAGGAGGAACAAGAUGAGACAACAGAAACCCAAAUCAGAGUGCAAGCCAAAAUUCAGCAGGAGCAAGACAGAACCCUUUCCCAGCUAUUGCAAAUUUCUGUACAACUUCCAAAAGCCCAAACCCCACAAUGUUGGUCGAAAGGUACAACUCAAUCAUCCACCCUCAGGCUAUUGUCAACCAUGCACUGACUCGACAACAUGUGGUCGCGGAGCUCGAUGUGGUGGUUUGCAGCACUGUGGUUCAUAUCAGGACAAGUUAAAAAACAAAGUCAGCAGCUUGCAGCAGGAUGGUGAGUCCCUAUCGGAAGAGUUCAAGAUUUGGAGAAAUGGCCAGGCCAAUGGAAAGUCCAAGGAAUGGCAUCGACACAUACUGGCAGGCAACAGCCAGGCCAAGUAUGACUUUCUGAUGGCCAUUAUGGAACACCCUCAAGAGGCUUUCAAGCGAUGGAACCAAGAACGACGCAGCCAGUCUGCCAAAAGGAAGGCUGAAAGGGAGCGACAGUUGCAUCAAUGGCUCGAUACAUGGUCUGAUCGUUACAAUGCCUUUCUCCCCACUCAAGAGGAAUUGGAAGGAUCACCACAUCCGUCUGAGUGUUACACCAGCAUUUCUGGAGCGAUGCAAUCUCUGAAAGCUGCCUUCAUUGCCCCUCAUCAGUUGCAAGGCGCAUUAUCCAAGGAAGCGGUGUUUCGAAUUAUUUGGGAUUCCGGUGCAAGCCACUCCAUUACCAACGAUCCUCGAGACUUCUGCGGUAAAAUGAAAUCACCAGGACUCAUUCGCACCCUCACAGGACUUGCCACAGGACUUCAGAUCAAAGGAACUGGGACCGUGGCAUGA